AUCUUCAUCCCAACCCGCCCUCUCACUCUCUCUCACACACACACACACUCUCUCUCACAAACUAUCUUCAUCCCAACCCCCGUCUUACUCUCUCACACACACAUUUUCUCUCUCUCUCUCACACACACACACUCUCUCUCACAGACUAUCUUCAUCCCAACCCCCGUCUUACUCUCUCACACACACAUUUUCUCUCACACACAUAAACACAUGGCCCAAACAACCCCAAACCACACACAGACGGUUGCCGGCUGGGCGGCCCAUGAUUCCUCCGGCAAGAUUACUCCUUACCUCUUCAAACGAAGAGAAAACGGUAUCAAUGAUGUGACCAUUAGGAUCUUGUAUUGUGGGAUAUGCCACACCGAUCUUCAUUUUGUCAAGAAUGAUUGGGGUAUCACCAUGUACCCUGUCGUCCCCGGUCAUGAAAUAACCGGAGUGAUAACAAAGGUGGGAAGCAAUGUAAAGAAUUUUAAGGUAGGAGACAGGGUAGGGGUUGGAUGCUUGGCCUCUUCGUGUCUGGAGUGUGAGUUCUGCCAAGACUCUCAAGAGAACUACUGCGACCAGAUUCAGCUCACUUACAAUGGCAUUUUCUGGGAUGGUAGCAUCACCUAUGGUGGCUACUCCAAAAUGCACGUUGCUGAUCACAGAUAUGUAGUGCAUGUACCGGAAAACAUGCCGCUGGACGUGGCGGCUCCGUUGCUAUGUGCGGGAAUAACAGUGUUCUGCCCAAUGAAAGACAACAACUUGAUGAAUGGUGGGAAGAAAAUAGGGGUUGUUGGGCUGGGUGGUUUGGGUCAUGUGGCUGUCAAAAUGGGCAAGGCUUUUGGGAACCAUGUCACUGUCAUCAGUACCUCUCCAUCUAAAGAAAAGGAGGCUAAAGAGCAUUUGCAUGCAGAUGAUUUUGUAGUCAGUACCAACGAACAACAAAUGCAGGCAAGGAAAAGAACUCUAGACUUUGUUUUGGACACAGUGUCAGCCAAGCACUCACUUGGGCCUACUUUAGAAUUGCUCAAAGUGAAUGGCACAUUGGUGAUUGUGGGUGCUCCAGAUAAGCCCAUAGACCUACCUUCUUUCCCUUUGAUUUUUGGUAAGAGAGUAGUGAAGGGUAGCAUGACAGGAAGCAUGAAAGAAACACAGGAGAUGAUGGAUGCGUGUGGCAAGCACAACAUUACAUGCGACAUUGAGACUGUCCAACCUGAUCAAAUUAACGAAGCACUGGAAAGGCUAGCCAAAAAUGAUGUCAAGUAUCGUUUCGUAAUUGACAUUGCCGACAAGUCGUCAAAUUUAUGACAUUGCCGGCUAGUCAUCAAAUUUAUAACAGUGCCUGAUAUCAUUUUAUAAUUGCAACUAAACAAUAGAAUCGGAUUGAAAAAUCGAUUCAUACACUAUUCUCGUUUUAUUUUUUUUGUUGUAUUUUAUUUCCGCUUCAUUUCAUUUCUGUGUAUUAAACGUAUCCUUAAUUCCUAUAUUGCUUUAUCCGUUCA